AAAAAUAAAUUGAGCCUUCUCUGCGAAAAUAGAAACAGCCGGCGUUCUUUAGUUUUGACUCGGCGUGUUGUUUCUAAGUAAUAAUUUCCGAUUUUCGAUAUGGAUGCCGAAGUGAUCGUUGUAGGAGCCGGAAUAAGUGGUCUUUGUGCUGCAAAAUGGUUGAAAGAAGCUGGAGUGAGCGUUCUUGUACUGGAAGCAAUGGACCGUGUUGGUGGACGAACCUUCACAAAACGGGAUCCCAAAGUAAAUUACGUUGACUUAGGAGGAUCAUAUGUUGGACCAACUCAAGAUCAUUUGCUUCGUUUAUCAAAAGAACUUGGUGUGGAAAAUUAUAAGAUAUAUCAAGAUCAAAAAAGUAUUUUUUAUCGAAAUGGACGAAGACUACUCCAUGAUGCUACAGUGUCACCUUACGAAAGAAAUCCUUUAGUUAAUAUGGAUCUCAAUCACAUAUUAAGACUAAUUGAUAAAAUGGGUGAAGAGAUACCUGCAAAUGCUCCUUGGGAUGCCCCUCAUGCAGAGGAAUGGGAUUUGAUGACAGUUAAAGAUUUUCUGAAGGAACAUUGUUGGACAAAACGAGCGCGUCAAUUUUAUAGAGAGCUCUGUACUACAUUCAUCACAUCAGAACAAUACGAAGCAUCACUACUGAUGUUUUUAUGGUAUGUGAAACAGUGUGGAGGAAUGAAAAGAAUGAUUUACACCAUAAAUGGUGGCCAGGAAAGAAAAUUCCUUGGUGGAUCUCAACAAAUUAGUGAAAAAAUUGCUCAGAGACUGGGAGAUGGCGUCGUCCUUAAGAAUAGUCCCGUAGUUGGUAUAAAUCAAGAAUCAAAGGAAUUUGUUUUAGUGAAAACAUUAGCAGGAAAAGAGUAUAAGACUAAAUACGUCAUUCUAGCAUGUCCUCCAGGACUACAGCAGAAGAUCCACUUCACCCCACAACUACCUCCGAUGCGUAAUCAACUUAUGCAAAGAAUGCCUAUGGGAACUGUUAUUAAAGUUCAUUUAUAUUAUAGAACGCCUUUCUGGAAAGAAAAAGGUCUAAAUGGUACUCAUUUGAUAUUAGGAGAAGAUGAGCAUCCGAUGUUUUAUUCACUGGAUGAUUCCAAGCCAGACGGAAGUUUUCCUGCUCUUAUAGGAUUCGUUACAGGUGAUAAAUGCCGAAAAAUGUGCAAUUGGACCCCUGAAGAACGUAAAAAUGCAAUAGCAAGAAGUUUAGUACAAGCAACUGGUUGCCCCGAAGCUGCAAAGGUAAUCCAUUAUGAAGAAAAGAACUGGAUGGAAGAACAAUAUGUAGGUGGAUGCUAUACAGCAAUGCUCCCCCCUGGUUUUCUCACUCGUUAUGGAAGAGCUUUAAGGACUCCCAUAGACAGAUUAUACUUCGCUGGCACUGAAACAUCUAUAAAGUGGUCCGGCUAUAUGAAUGGAGCCGUAGAAGCAGGAGAAAGGGCCGCACGGGAAGUGCUUUGUAGAAUGGGGAAAAUAACUCCCGACAAAAUUUGGAUAAAGGAACCAGAUUCUCGGGAUGUUCCUCCAUUACCUUUUGAGGAUACUUUUGGGGAGAAAUACACGCCAUCUGUUCCAGGCUUCUUAAAAUUUGUAACAAUCACAACCAUUUUAGGAGCAGCAACCUUUGCUUUUCUGAAAUGUCCUAAAUAUUUUCCAAAAUUGAAAUAGUUUAAGAACCUUAUUAUUUGAUUGAAAAGUAGAAUGAAAAUAUGAUUUGUGAAAUGUAUUUUCCUUGAUUAUAAGACAUCUAAGAUAACAAUAAUAUUUUCACAAGUUUUCCAAGAUUUACUGUCAACGUUUGAUUAUUCCAAUUACUGUAAAACGAAGUCAACGAAGAGGAGCCGUAUUGAUAAAGUAGGCAUUUUACUGAAUACCUAAAUGUAUUUGCACUAUAUUUUAAGUGUUUUAGUAAUUUUAUAUAUAUAUUACUUUGGUACAUUUAGCAGUAUAAAUAAAUAUCGAACAAUAAAACGUUAACUAAUUUU